AUGCCGAUAAUAGUUAAUGCUGUGCGAGAAGUCCUAGGAGAAACCGCUGCUCUUAAAAUUGCGACAAUUCCUCAUUCGAACAAUACAACGAAAAGAAGAAUUGAGGAAAUGUCGAGUGACAUUCAAUUUCAACUGAAAGUAGCAUUGAACAGCAGUCCCUACUUUUCUCUUCAAUUUGACGAGUCGGUGGAUGUUUCUGGUGCUGCUCAGUUGCUGUGUUAUGUGAAGUACAUAGGAGAGGUUGAAGUAGAAGAAAAAAUGCUGUUCUGCUUCCCAUUGUCUGGAAACACCACAGGAGAGUGCCUUUUUGAAGCGAUGAUGAAGAAAACGCAGUAUUUCAAUCUAGAUUGGGACAAGUGCGUCGCAAUUUGUACGGACGGUGCGGUUGCAAUGACAGGAAGAAAGGUAGGUUUUAUGAAGCGCAUUCUGGAUAUAGCUCCAAAUGCGAAAUGGUCACAUUGCAUGAUCCAUCGAUAUUCACUGGCCGUCAAACCUCUACCAGAUGAUCUGACUUUUGUCAUGGAGGACUGUGUGAGCAUUAUAAAUCACAUAAAAACUUCAUCUUUAAAAACUCGAUUAUUUGAGGAACUUUGCACCGAAUUGGGAGCAAAUUUUGUUCACUUGCUGUAUCAUACGCAAGUAAGGUGGCUUUCACGGGGAAAGGUCCUCAAUAGACUAGUUUUUUUGAAAGAUGAAGCUUAUCUGUUUUUAUGUAAUGACAACAGUCCUCUUGCGCAUAAAGUUGAUGAUCAAGUCUGGAUUUGCAGAAUGUGCUAUUCAGCAGAUGUUUUCGCGUUAGUGAAUGAAAUUAAUACGGAAAUGCAAGAAUUCGAUGCUUUUCCGUUGCUAAAAGCUCAUUCUGUUAACUAUCCUCCUGACGCGUUAACGCUCGAGUUGUUUACGAGGCAUUUACGUGACAUGCACAUUUUAAUCGGACAGUAUUUUCCUCCUUAUCAGGAGUAUGAAAAUGAGUGGGUUAUCAGUCCUUUUAAUUAUGUUGUUGUCAGGAAUACUCAUCUGGAAACAUCCUUGCAGUUCGCAUUAAUGGAUUUGAGUUGCAACAUGAGAUUGAAAUCUGAGCAUUCAAUUCGCACGAGUUCAGAGUUUUAG